CGAGCCUUCCUUCUGGAAGUCGCGCUAGUGGCAACCCAUUCCGCAACAUCGGGAAGAAACACAAACGGAGUCGAAGCAGGCCGCGAAGCUUCUGGAAUCCUCUCGACUCGAAUAUGCUCUCCUCGCUGUCGGCGUGGUUCGUGAACCCGCGCCGGAACCCGCUCGCCCGCCUCCACCGGAACGCCGUCGCCUCCCGCCUCCGCAAAUACGGGCUCCGGUACGAUGAUUUGUAUGACCCGUACCACGACCUGGACAUCAAGGAGGCGCUGGCGCGGCUGCCGCGGGAGGUGGUGGACGCCCGCAACCAACGACUGAAGCGGGCCAUGGACCUCUCCAUGAAGCACCAGUACCUCCCCGACGACGUCCAGGCAUUGCAGACACCAUUCAGAAGCUAUCUUUCUGACAUGCUGGCUCUGGUGAAAAAGGAGAGAGCAGAGCGUGAAGCAUUGGGAGCACUUCCGCUGUAUCAGAGGACCAUUCCAUAAAGUGGAGCACUUCAACAGGAGUUUGUGGUUCAGUUUAUCAGAUUUCCAUUGAGCUCGCAUAGCACAAUGGAACGGUAAACAGGCCUUGUAUUUAUAUACCUGAAUGUAUUCGGUGCAUUUUGUGAACUGGAAUACUGUACUCGGUGAUAAGGUUGUGCUUGGGAUAAUUACUGUCAGUUAACCCCAUUGCUUUGCCA